AUGAGCUAUCUUCACACUUUGGAGGUGAGAAGAGGAACGGGAGCAGGAGUUGCAAAAGGAAGAGAAAGACAGGUCAAGAACUUUGAGAUGUGCCAGGAGUUUGAACAGAACGCCAGUGCCUUUCUUCAGUGGAUCCUGGAGACCAGAUCUUUGCUUAAAGAGACAGGAACCCUGGAAUCUCAGUUGGAAGCAAAUAAAAGAAAGCAGAAGGAGAUCCAGGCAAUGAAGCGCCAACUGACCAAGAUUGAGGACCUGGGAGACAACUUGGAGGAGGCUCUGGUCCUUGACAUCAAAUACAGCACUAUUGGACUGGCCCAGCAGUGGGACCAGCUGUAUCAGCUUGGGAUGCGGAUGCAACACAAUCUGGAACAACAGAUCCAGGCCAAGGACACCAUAGGUGUGAGUGAGGAAACACUAAAGGAAUUUAGCACAACUUAUAAACACUUUGAUGAGAAUUUGACGGGGCGCUUGACUCAUAAAGAGUUCCGGUCCUGCCUGAGGGGUCUCAACUACUACUUGCCUAUGGUGGAGGAGGGUGAACCUGAGCCCAAGUUCGAGAAGUUCCUGGAUGCUGUGGAUCCAGUGAGGAAGGGCUAUGUCUCACUGGAGGACUAUACUGCAUUCCUGAUUGACAAAGAGUCAGAAAACAUCAAGUCCAGUGAUGAAAUAGAGAAUACUUUCCAAGCCCUGGCAGAGGGCAAGGCCUACAUUACCAAAGAGGACAUGAAGCAGGUCAGAUGCCAGUUGCUUUCACUACUAUGUUCUCAUGAUCAUCUGGAUAUUGGUCAUCUCAGCAAUACAUGGACCCACGAGGUUGAAGUCAUCCAGCAGGCUACGACUAUGCUGGCUUUACCAGUUCCUACUUUGGCAACUAAUAAGCAGCUCCUCGUGGACCUAUGGAGUCUAAAGAUAUAUGUGCUGAAAAUAACGACAAACAUAAUCGACGACGCAGACAGCUUCAAACUGUGGCAGCUGAGGCUAGGGGGACGAAGGACCCCCACCAGCCAGCGGUUGUUAGGGCUCACAGCGCCGGUAGCAAGUCCCGCGAUCUCUGCGGGAUAUCUCCAUGGAGACCGUGACGUACACAGAGACAGAGGACUGCAGGAGGCUGGCGGACCGGAGCGGGCUCCUUCUGCUCUGCCGCCCGCUCAUGCUCUUUCCUUUCCUGCGCAUAACCUCAUGGUUUCUGGUGUGCUGUGA